UGCUGCUAAUAAUCCCCAACGGAGAAGGCAGGGGUUGUUCAUCAGUUCAUCGCGUCGCCGAGCAGGACCUCCCGAAUCCCCCUCCUCGUCCUCCUCAGCCUCCCCAGCUGCUCCGAUGGCGGCCUCCGAGGCUGAGCAGAAAGUCGUGGUGCACGUCCGCUCGGCCGGCAACGCGCCGAUACUGAAGCAAGACAAGUUCAAGAUUUCAGGACGAGAUAAAUUCUUGAGGGUUAUUGAAUUUCUUCGUCGACAACUUCAUCAGGAUACACUGUUUGUCUAUGUCAACAGUUCGUUUUCUCCAAGCCCAGACGAGCUGAUAAUUGACUUGUAUAAUAAGGCAUAUUAAUGAAGAAGAAUGCUGGUCAUGUUCUUAUGUUAUAACUCUGCAGAAUUUUGCAAUAGACGGGAAGCUUGUGGUAAACUAUGCUUUGUCGGCAGCGUGGGGUUAAAAGAUUGGAUUUGCGGGAAGAAUCGAAAAGGCUGUUUGAAAUUUGACCAUUUUACCGUGUAUAGCUGGAGUUGUAGUUGGUCAGUCAAAGAGGCACUAGCUCUCAUAUGUUGAUGAAAGUAAAGGUUCUUGCGAGACUGCCUUUUCUGGCAUUGAACUGUCCAAGUGCCUCUCUCUCUCUCCCUCUCUCCCUCCCUCCCUCCCUCCCUCUCAGUAUGUUUAUUGGUUCUUGAUUCAUGUCGUGUGUGUGAUAGGGCCUAGAGGAACGGGAUUUUUACCUAGGAGCAAAUUUGGGUUUUUAAUCGUAGAUUGGAUUUGGUUCA